AUGAAUGAGGCUCUUGGAGCAAAACUUACUUGGAGAACUCAUGAUAAUCCAAACCAGCUAUGGGUUAAGGUUAUGAGGGAUAAAUAUUUGGGCUCAAUGGAGAACCACAAAAUUUUCACAAUUAGAAAUCAACCCAAGGGAUCUGCAAUAUGGAACUUUAUAGUGAGUAGUAGAAAAGUCAUAAUAUAUCAUCUAACAUGGCAUAUUGGAAAUGGAAGUUCAGCUAAAUUCUGGGAUGACUCAUGGGCAACUUAUCCUGUAAUAAAAGAUAUGGCUGACUUUUCAGAUAUAAAAACACAACUAUGCAGUAUUUGGGGUGACAGGGUUAGAGAUUAUUUGGAGGUUAAAAAAGGCUCUUUGGCGAAGGAUUGGUGCUGGAAAGAUCUAUCAAACAUGGGGCUUUCAGAGAAUCAAUAA